GUUUUUCCAUAUGUGCCUUCUAGAUUUUUUACUGGCUUUAAUAUAAUUUCAUAAAUGGGAGCUUUUUAUUAUUUCUUGAUUCCCCUUUAUUUAUUUAUACAUAUAUAAGGAGAAAUUAUUACAGAAAAAGAAUAAAAAAUACUCUAAGGACUUUAAGUCUUCGGAGUCUCCUAAAAGUCCUUUUUUUUAAGCUGGUUUAUUACAGCUUUUUUAUUGUCCUUUUUACUCUCGUUUUUGUAAGUUUUUUUCUCGAUUAUUUUCAAGUUUUAGUUCUUUUAGUAAACACCUUUUAUUAUCAGUUUUGCACUUUUUUUUAACUUCUGUAUAUCGAUGUAGGCUCUAGGAUUAUUUUUACAAAGCAUUACUAAGACUAAGACUGAAAAUUAUCUGCUUUCCUUUGCUUUUGUGCUGUUUAGUGUCGUUAUAGAGCUUUUUAUAUCACAAAAAUCUUUAGUUUUGCCCUAUAUAUAUGGAAUAAAAAGGAGCUUUUGGACAUAAAUUGCCACUUGGGUACUUUAUUUAUAUUCUCCAUUUAAUUAUAAUGUGUCGUUUAUGUUAAUUUCGUUAAAGGCAGGUUACCAUUUUGAUGAUUUGACUAAUAGAUGGUAAGAAGGAACUGGUUUUUAUUGGAAAGAUUUGUUUGAAGAAUUUGAAGGUGAAAUUAACGGGGAAAAAUUCAAAGGUCCUAGUGUGUUUAAGAUGAUUUUUUUGCUUUAAUUUUUGAGUUUUAUUUUUUAUGUUUUUUUGGCAAUUUUUUUUGAUGAAGAUAAUUUAGGACUAUUUUUAAAAAAAGAAUCAUAAGAACUUUAAAUAUAAUAAGAAAAAAAAAAAGACAAUUAAAAUAUAUAAUAAAACAAUCAAGUUAAAGGAAUUCAAAUAAAAAAUAUAUCAAAAACCUACAUAAAUAAAAAAAAAAAAAAUACAGCAUUAAAAAAUAUAACAUUAGAAAUAUAAUAAAAUGAACUUAUGUGUAUACUAGGACAUAAUGGAGCUGGAAAAACUACAUUAAUAAACAUACUAAGUGGUUUAUAAAAAUAUACAAGUGGCAAAAUAAAUAUAUGUGGUUAUGAUAUAAAUACAUAAAUAUAAGAAAUAAGGGAAAAUUUAGGUGUUUGUCCUUAAUUUGAUGUUUUAUGGGAUUAAUUAAGUCCUUUGGAACAUUUAAUGAUUUUUGGUUUUAUUAAAAAUAUAUAGAAUUUAGAAAAUGUUGCUUGGUAAACUUUAAAGAAGGUUUCUUUAGAAAAGUAGGCUCAUGUAUAAUCUAAGACACUUUCAGGAGGUAUGAAAAGGAGAUUAUCGAUUGCUAUAUGUAGUUAAGGUUAACCUAAGGUUAUUUUCUUGGAUGAGCCAACUACUGGAAUGGAUACGAAAAUUAGAAGAGAGGUUUGGAAGUUAAUAUAGGAGAUAAAAGAAGGGAAAUCGAUAAUUUUGACCACUCAUUCGAUGGAAGAGGCUUAAGUUUUGUCUGAUAGGAUUAGUAUAUUGGUUCAAGGUGAACUAAAAUGUAUUGGUACCGGUUUAAAUUUAAGAAAUGAAUAUGGAGGAGGAUAUAAAGUACAAAUUGUUAUGAAAGACUAGAUUAUAUGCAAAAACAACAUAAAAAGUGAUACUUUAAAGACUAUUCAAACAUAAAAUAAUGAUGAUGAUGAAGAAUAAGAAAUAAAAUAUAUUUUUUGA